GGAGAAAGAGGAGUAGUAGGAGCAAGAGGAGGAGGAGGAGGCGAAGGACACGAGGAGGGAAGGAGGACAGGGACUUCGAUGCAAAGGAAGAGCGAAGGGGGAUUCUCCGAGGUCCUUCACCCCAAGAACGCGAAGGAGGCGUUUGAGGUCCUUCUCAGUCCCAGGGAAGAAGGAGGGAAACGUCAGCUGCUAGGACUCCUUCUCCUGUGGACUCUGGCUGCCUUCUCGCGUCCGCCGGGUCUCGAGGGGUGGAGUGCCGAGGUUCUGGGAUGGGAUUUUCGCUUCUAUUUGAUCUGGAGCAAGAGUGCUAUGAUCAUCGGGCAGGUGGCCACAAUCCUCGUCCUGUUGGCCAUGCGGAGAUGGCCCAUCGACGACUGCCUCCUCGCCGCCGUCUCCGAGGCCACGUGCGUCCCCGAAAACCUGCUGCUGUUGGCCAUCUCCGGACCCGACCUGGCCUGGAUGCUGGCGCUCGUCCUCGUCUUCUCGCUGAUGCACAACUUCACGGAGAUCGGGGUCACCGCGGCGGCGUCGAGGAUCGUCACGAGCGCCGAGCACGCCCGUCUCUUCGGCCUGCUGGCGGCGUUGCGGCUUCUGACCUCCCCUCUACAACGCUUGACCUACGCUGACCUGACCCACGCCGCCGAGGACACGUUCCCUUCGGCGCAGUACCUCGUCGCCGCCGCCUUCGCCUGCCUCAACGCCUCCCUGGCAGCGAAUCUGUACCGACGGAGGCCACGAAGGAGGCAGCGUGGAGAAGGGUGCGCUGGGGGGAGACGGGGCGGCGGACAGGGAGGGAAAAUGGCGGUCGAUGUUGAGGUUUAUUUCUGAUUUUGUUUUUGGGUUUCUUAUUCUUAUUCUUAUUCUUCCUAUUAUUAUCUUUAUUUUAUUUUAUUUAUUCAUUUAUCUAUUUAUCUAUUUAUUUAUUAAUUUAUCUAUCAAUUCAUCUAUUAAUUAAUUAAUUAAUUAAUUAAUUAAUUAAUUAAUUAAUCUAUUCAUUUUGGGGGGGAUGGAGGGUGGAUAGGGGUAUACAUAUUAUCUACCUAAUUGUCUGUUUGUCAAAUACACAGCCACAGCUUUAAGCACUGACGACCUACCUGCUUGUGGUUGUUUAGAUGCGUGUGUGUGCGUAUGUAUGUAUGUAUUUAUGUAUGGUGACGAGCUGCUUGGAAGGAAAUAGCUCUGGUUAACUGCAUUGGUGGCGCUUACAAGAGGCCAAGCAGUUGCAAUAGCAGUGUACUUAACCUUCCAUCUAUAAACUAACCAUCCCUGAAGGUGAAUACUGAGUUUAUUAUAUGUUAAUGAAGUUUAAUAUAUCAUAAGUUGAUUUAUAAAUAUAAUGAGGACUUGGAUCUUUGCGAAAUAUAUUAAGCGUAUGAAUCUUUUGUUUGUGAGUGUAUGUUUGGAUUGAAUAUAUUAGUGUUGAGCAAUUGAAAGCAGUGCAAGUGUGCCAGAGACAGAGACGAGUUGGAAUCUUGCAACUUCACGACAUUGCAAUCAACAUCAAUGAACGUUUGGAAAAAAUAGAAAAGAGCGAAUAGGAAAAAUGAAGUGAAGUGAAGUGAACAUAAAGACAAAAAAAAAAAAAAAAAUAGAAAAGAGCGAAUAGGAAAAAUGAAGUGAAGUGAAGUGAACAGAGUGACAUGACUGAAGUGCAUGAACGGAGGGAACUGUGGAAGUGAUAUAAAUUUUAUUCCCUUAAUUCCAUGUAUGUUCAUUUAUCAGAAUUGCGUCACAAAAAUAAAUGGUUAAAGGUUUAAGUAUAUAUAUAUGUAUAUAAAUAUGUAUAUAUAUAUUUUUUUUUUUUUACUGAACUUCAAUAUUCUCAACCACACGUAUCUAUAUAUAUACACGCCUGUGUAUACAGAGAACGGUCAGAAUCCAAGGAUAUAAAAAAAAUAAGAUCUUGACGUAAUAUAUCCUUACACUGUUUGUGUGCCUUUGUAGCUAUAGGUAUGUGUAUGUAUGUGUAUGUGUGUUUAUUUGUGUGUGUUUGCGUGUGUGUGUUUGUGUGUGUUUGUGUAUGUGUGUGUUUGCGUGUGUCUUUGUGUGUGUUUGUGUAUGUGUGUGUUUGCGUGUGUGUCUUUGUGUUUGCGUGUGUUUGUGUGUGUCUGUGUGCACGUGCGCAUGUAUGUGCAUGAGAGUGUGCGUAGGUGAGGGUGGUGUAUGAAUGCAUUUAUACAACACUUUGUUAUGCAUAAUAAUCAUCGUCAUUAAUCACAUAAAUCACUUGUAAGUAAUCUCCGUAUAAUAUUAUUAGGAUUAGGAUGACAAAGUAACCAAAAUACACUAUAUAAUAAAAAUGAUAACAACUGCAGCAAAUAAUGUUGAUGAUAAUGAUAUUACUAUUUAUGAUAAUCACAAUAGCCAUGGUACUGAUGAUUCCAGUAAUGAUAUUAAUAACAAGAUAAUUAGUGAUAGUGAUGAUAAUGAUACUAUUAUCACUACUAAUAAUGUUAAUGAUGUUACUAAUAUUCAUGUUGUUAAUAAUAAAUUUGUUAUUAAUGUCAAUAAGAAUAACAAUGAAAUUUAUAAUAAUAAUACAAUGAUGUUAGUAUUGGCAAUAAUAGUGAUGACGAUCAUGAUAUUGAUAAUAAUAGUGACGAUAAAUAUCUGCGUCUUGUCAGUUACAGUUAUUAUAAAAAAAGAGAAAAAUAAUGAUUUCGAGAAAUCACUAUGAUAUUCUUGCAAGAAAUUUACUAUCCCCAAAACGAGGGAAAUAAUUGUUUUAUUGGCAUCAUUAUUACAAAGAUAUAAUCAUGACCCUACCCCCCCAAAAACAUAGA